AUGUCGAGCACGUCCUCAUCCAAGAGGCGGACCUCAAGUGAGGGCAGCAGCACAAGCACCACGAACAACAAUGGCUCUCUGGAGAUUGAGAGCGGGGACGUUGUUCGCCUCGUCCUGCAGUUUCUCAAGGAGAACAACCUCAUGCAGUCCUACAACGCCUUGCUCGAGGAAACUGGCGUGAGCAUGAAUGUGAUUGACAACCUGGACACGUUUCUGUCAGAUGUGCGGCAUGGUCACUGGGACACCAUUCUCAAGACUGUCACGCACAUCAAGCUGCCAGACAAGACUUUGAUGCUCCUUUACGAACAAAUUGUGCUUGAAUUGAUCGAGAUGAAGGAGUUUGGGGCUGCCCGCUCAGUGCUGCGUCAAACAGACCCCAUGAUCAAACUCAAGAAGACAGACCCAGACAGAUACAUGCGGCUGGAGCACAUGAUGGCACAGGACUUCUUCGACCCCAGACAGGCAUACGGCGAGGGCGGCUCAAGGGAGAGCAGGCGCGCAGCUCUUGCUGAAGCGCUGGCGGGCGAUGUGACGGUUGCGCCGCCAUCGCGAAUGCUCACACUCCUGCAGCAGGCCGUCAAGUGGCAGCAGCACACAGGCAUCCUCCCCUCAGGCGCAUCCAUCGACCUUUUCCGCGGGAAAACGGCGGUGAAGGAGCUGGAGGAGGAGCGCAUGGUGGCGCGUGUGCACAAAACCAUCAAGCUUGGCGGCAAAUCCCACUGUGAGAGUGCGGCGUUUUCGCCGGACGGGAAGUUCCUCGUCAGCGGCAGCGUGGACGGGCUCAUCGAGGUGUGGAAUCACAAAUCUGGGAAGCUGCGCAAGGAUCUCAGAUACCAGGCAGAGGAACGCAUUAUGAUGAUGGAGACGCCCGUGCUUGCGCUCGCCUUCAGCCGCGACAGUGAAAUGCUCGUCUCCGCUUCACAGGCCGGAAAAAUGAGGGUGUGGAAGGUGUCGACGGGCCAGUGUUUGCGCAAGUACGAGCGAGCGCAUGCAGAGGGCAUCACGUGUGUUGCGUUUUCCCGCGACAACAGCCAAAUUGCAUCGUCGUCUUUCGACCACACCGUCAAGAUCCACGGGCUGCGGUCUGGGCGGAUGAUGAAAGAGUUCCGGGGCCACAAGUCGUUUGUCAACUCCGUGUGCUAUUCCAUGGACUACUCCCGUCUCAUCAGCGCAAGCUCGGACGGCACCGUCAAGAUCUGGCACAUCAAGUCUGGGGAGUGCGUGUCGACGCUUGAUUCCUUUGGCGGGCCCACCACAACGGGGCUGACCGUCAACAGCGCACAGCUCGUGCCGCACCAGCCAGAGACACUCAUUGUCUGCAACCGGUCAAACACCCUCUACAUGGUCAACUUCAAGGGCCAGGUGCUUCGCUCGAUGACCAACAAGCAGAAGAAGAGUGGCGACUUUGUGUCGUGUCUCGUCUCUCCGCGUGGCAAUUUCGUGUAUGCCCUCGCCGAGGACGGACAGCUGCACGCAUUUGUCCAGGAAACAGGCGACCUGCGUCUCACCACCAAGGCGCAUGCCCGGGGCCCGAUUGGCGUGCUGCACCACCCGCACGAGAACAUUGUGUGCACAUAUGGGGAAGACGGCGCAAUGCACCUCUGGCGCCCGGCACAGGCAGCCACCUCCCUCUAG